AUGGUCAUCCGUAGGGAAGACCCAGACGCACUGCAUCAAUAUCUGAGUGAGCUAAAAACAGACUUGGCCGUGGAGUACCAAGUCACGCUCCGAAAAGACCAGCUGGACAGGAAGAGGUUUUUGAACAGGUUUCCUCUGGUAAAAUGAGAGCUAGAGGAGCUCAUAGGAAAGCUCCACGCGUUCGCAGACAAGGUUGACAAGGUCCACAGGGACUGCACCAUCUCCAACAUUGUGGCCAUCUCCACUGGCGCUGUGUCUGGUGUCCUGACCAUACUUGGCCUGGCUUUGGCACCCAUGACAGCGGAGGCGAGUCUGGCACUCUCGGCCACUGGGUUAGGGCUGGGAGCAGCGGCUGCUGUGACCAGUGUGUCCACCAGCAUUGUGGAACACGUCAGCACGUUGUCAGCAAAAACCGAAGUUAGUCGCCUGAUGUCAACUGGGUUCCUGGAGGCACUUAAGAUCAGCCCCCGAACUGUUAGCACAACAAAGAAAUUCACAGAAGCUGUGCAACGCAUUGAAAUGAAUAUCCGUGCCAUGGAGACGGUCAAAAGCAACCCUGGCUUAGCAGCCGAUGCAAACGUCUUCAUCAGCAGUGGAAUAAUCUCAGUCCAAAGCAGCCAGCAGGAAGAGGUUACUUUCAAAGGCAGGGCUCUGGCAAUGACCAAAGGAGCCCGGAUUGUGGGUGCGGGCACUGCAGGUCUCUCCCUUCUGAUGGAAGUGGCCUUCCUGGUGAAAGAGGCAAAGCACUUGCAUGAGGGGGCAAAGACAGAGUCGGCUGAAAGGCUGAGGCAGCAGGCCCGGGAGCUGGAGAAGAAGUUGGAGGUGCUCACCGGCAUCUAUGAGCGUCUGCAGUAGGGCUGGACUCCGCCACUCCCCGAGCUGUGCAGGGACCAGGGACACUUGCGGGGCCAAGGCAAGGAGGCACCUUGUUAGAGGGGAAAGGAGGGCGA